CAAAUUGCUGCGAGGAGCAAACUCGCAGUGAGCGGCUUCUCGUCUGGGUCGACGUCGAAAGCAGUCUGGGCUGGGCGAACUUAUCUGUGGGCAGUCGACAAGAAAAACAGCGACUUUGAGCUAUUUUGUUUAGUUUUGCUUUUCCAAUUGAGGAGGACGUCUUGAUAACUUUCGAGUCGCGUUGUCGUUCGAGACUUCGGAUUUGUUAGUGGACGUCCGCGGUGCGAGUAGGAUUGGAAGCUGCUCGGUUGACAUCUGCUCGCUGUUAGCAUGUUGCUAAGAUGGCUCUUGUAUUAACAACAACCGGGGUGACAUUUAAAUGUAAAUAUUUUAACGGUACCCCACUAUACGUUAUUGUCAACUUGACUAGUUUUUUUCCUGACGCUGCUGCGUUCGGUGGAUAUUAUUUUAAGCUUCUUAUUCGCUAAACCUCCCCCGGCUUCUUUACUCGUUGAAAAAAUGGGGACGUAAGAAUUUGGUGUUGAAUCCAAAUUCACUUCCAGUGGCAAUUAUUCGGGUGUUCGGUUGGACAACGUGAAGAUGCGAUUAGUCCUAUAACGUGUAGGUUUUUUUAUUAUUAUUAAUUGAAAAUAGGUAAAUAGUCUUUAUUUUUUUUAAAUUAAUCAUGGAGAUCGAGAUGCCGCUGCACCCGCUCACCCACCCGUCUGCCCUGGGCAUCUGCCCCGAGAUGCUGGAAGUGGCAGGGGAGGCCAUUCGCGCCGGAGAUUUCAACUUGGCCGCCGAGAUCUACAGCUCGCAGCUGGCCGAUCUCCAACAACCCGACCGGGGCUUGUGCCUACGCAAGGCCGAUUCGUUGGUGCGCGCCGGGCGAAUUUCUGAGGCGCUGGACUCGUACUGCGUGGCGGCCAGCUUGGGAAAGCUGCGGCCGGAGGAGCUGCCACUUCUAGUGGAGAGCAUUGCUCGGAGCCUCCGAGAGAAGGAACCGGGCCUCCGGAGCACUGCUGGCAGGGAUGAGGACGAAGACGCCGAUGGGGGAAGCGUUGAGGACGACCCCCUGGACUUGUUCUCGUGCGGUUUGUGCCGAUGCCUGCUCCACGAACCUUCCACAGUGGAGUGCGGACACACCUUCUGCAGGCGCUGCCUGGAGCCCGACUCCGUGACGGACUGUAUGCUCUGCAAGCGAGCCCUGGCCCGCAAGGACGACGGCCUGCCGAACGGCCGCCGGCUGGACGUGGUGCUCGGCGGCCUGCUUGAGAAACUCUUCUCCACCGAGAGCCGAGCACGCGGGCUGUGGAUCGACGGCGAGGUGCUCUGGCAAAACCGGAACCUGACGGAGGCCCUGCAGAAAUACGACGAGGCGGUGGCAUUAGCGCCAUCUUCUGGCCGCCUACUGUGCCAGCGGGCUGAACUGCACCUGGAGAUGAACAACGCCAGUCAGGCGGUGCAGGACGCCAGCAGCUUGUGCCGGAUCAAACCUCUCUGGCCAAAGGCUCACUACCUGAAGGCCACCGCACUCAGCAAUGCAUCGCGCAACGACGAGGCCCUGCAGGAGUACUUCCUGUGUGUGGCGCUCAAACCCAAAUGGACCAAAGUCAGACUGGAGGCUCAGAAGAUCCUGGCUGAGCUUUUCUCCUCCGUGUUUGAGAAGCAAGAUAUGCCCACGCCCCUGCACCCCCUCCAAGGUGGGGUGGCCUCACGCCCCAUCAAGCCCCCCGCACUGCUGAGAACCCUCAGGCCCCUUGCACAGAAGCCCACUUCAUCAUCAAAGGACUCUGACUUGAGUGUGACAAAAAGCACCUUGCCGGACGAGUCGUCUUCCAGACCGUGGGAGUCGAGCGCAGCGCCGGCAGCCGAUGGCAGCGGCACCAGCAGCAAGAGCCUGGCUGACAUCCUGGCCUCCGUACCGACGCCAACCGCUGGCCUUAAGAGGAAGCCUAGUGACGACGGGUUCUUCAGCCCUCCCUCCAAGCUGCUCAAGCGUGGCGACUCCAGCGAUGUCAAGCUGGCGCCGGUAUGCGGGGGCAGAGUGGUUCCCACCCACUUGUUGGACAGCGGCGACAUGGAGUGUUCACUCUGUAUGAGGCUGUUCUACGAGCCGGUGGCCACGCCCUGCGGACACACCUUCUGCCUCAAGUGUUUGGAGCGCUGCCUGGACCACAACCCCAACUGCCCUUUGUGCAAAGAGAACCUAUCUGAGUUUUUGUCCACCCGAGGCUACAACAAGACGUUGCUGAUGGAGGAGGUGCUGCAGCGCUACCUGGCCAGCGAGUUAGCGGAGAGGAAGAAGAUCCACGAGGAGGAGAUGAAGGAGCUCUCCAACCUGAACCAGGAAGUGCCCAUCUUCGUGUGCACCAUGGCCUUCCCCACCAUCCCGUGUCCGCUGCACGUGUUUGAGCCGCGCUACCGCCUGAUGAUCCGCCGCUCCAUGGAGACGGGCACCAAGCAGUUUGGCAUGUGCAUCGCCGACGAGCUCAAAGGCUUUGCCGACUACGGAUGCAUGCUGGAGGUCCAAGAUGUGAAGUUUUUCCCCGACGGACGCUCGGUGGUGGAGACCACCGGGGUGUCUCGCUUCAAAGUCUUAAGUCACGGCCAGAGAGACGGCUACCACACUGCCAAAAUUGAGUACCUUGAAGACAAAAAGGUGGAAGGUGAGGAGCUGGGCGAACUGCUGAAGUUGCACGACGCCGUCUACGAGCUGGCCAACAGCUGGUUCACGUCGCUCAAAGACGACAUGAAAACGCAGAUCGUCAGUCACUUUGGACACCUGCCCGGCAAAGUCCCGGACCCCCAGUCGAGCGGCAGCGGCCCGGCGUGGUGCUGGUGGCUUCUGGCCGUGCUUCCGCUGGAGAACCGGGCCCAGCUCACCAUCCUGUCCAUGAGCGUCUUGAAGGACCGGCUACUGGCCAUCCGAAAGGUCCUCAUCUUCGUCAUGCGCAAGAGGCCGCGGUGAGGACGGGCGGCCGCAACGGAGCCUCCGCAAUAUUUGUGGACAACCCAGUCAAUCGAGUCACUUUUAUUUUUUGUAUUUUUUUUUUAAUGUCAUUUGCGUGUUAUUGUCGUCCAAAUCCCGUUUGCCAAUGUGCCGCCACCGCCGCAGCUUCUUCCGUUUCAUACUGUAACUAUAUCCCAUAUAAAUAUUCUUUUCAGUUCCAAAUAGUCCUUACGUGGCUUUGUCUUCUGCUACUGGCCGUUUAGGCUGCAAACUAGCCUGGGGAACUAGCUAGCACAUGGUAUCUUCCGCAGCCCGUUUUGACAAGCUCAAGGCUACUUUGUGUGGUAGCUAAGGCAAUACUUGGUAUGAACCUCUUCGUUUAGGUCCUCUUUCGGUUUGAUUUAACCCACUGCCCGUUAAGGUGUAACUUGAGUCCAUUUACUGAAUAACUAUCGCUAUAUAAGAUAAGCACUCUUUUAUUGCAACUGUACAGACAAGAAUAACCUCGGAAUGUACAUAAUCGUCCUUGCUUGGCACAUCACAUAUCAGCGCUAGCUCUUGUUUUUCUCCAACGGUGGCGGUGGCGGGUAAUGCGUUUUGGCGCCCCCUUCCUCUCUUCUCUGGUGUUGCAGUUCUACUGUUGCUGCUUGAAUGUGAGUUGUCAGUGUUCAUGUAACACGGAGGCCUUUUUCUACAUCUUUGCGUGUGCGUGGUACAUUUACACACUGAGCGCGUGUGGCUGAAGCGUUUGCGAAAGACUUCCUGAAUGUGUUGGUAGCAGCAUUUAUUCAUUAUUAUUUUUGAAACUCGAGAACACUUAAAAACGUGUCACUUUUUGCACUCGCUUGCUGUUUGAUUGAUGCCUGGAAAUAAAAAUUGUUGGUUAUUUGAAGCUAAAAAAAAAAAAAGUACAGGCCAGUGUGGUUUUAAAUGACUAGAGAGAAUGUUCUGGUGAAAAAGGCUAAAUGUACCGUAGAUGUGCUUUUUCUUCUGUCCUUCCAAAUGUUUGUGAUCUCCUCCCUGUCUCUUUCAUGGGCGAGAUUCUCAACAUGCUGCAUUACCCUGCAAUUAUUUGUAAAGGGAGAUCUUGUACUUAUUUUUUAUUGCAAAUAAAUGAAACCAAAUCAA